UGCUGGACGCCAAAGAAAGAAAGAAAGAGAGAGAGAGGAAAAAGGAGGGAAGAAAGGAAGGAAGGAAGGAGGGAGAAAAGAAAGAGCGCGCGGAGGGAGGCGAGGCAGACAAAGCUCCUUGGCUCUUGGUUCCUGGCUCCUGCUUCUUCCCACCGCCAUGACGUCGAACGGGACUUCGGAGUCGCUCCAGAUCCAGUUCGGUUUGAUCAACUGCGGCAACAAAUACCUGACGGCGGAGGCCUUUGGGUUCAAGCUCAACGCCUCGGCACCCAGCCUGAAGAAGAAGCAGAUCUGGACCCUGGAGGCCAACGGAGGCGGGGAUGAGUCCUCGGGGGCGGUGUUGCUCCGGAGCCACCUGGGCCGCUACCUGGCAGCCGACAAGGAUGGCAAGGUGACGGGUGACAGCGAGGCCCCAACGGCAGACUGCCGCUUCCUGAUCGUGGCCCACGACGACGGGCGAUGGUCGCUCCAGUCGGAGCCCCACCGGCGCUUCUUUGGCGGCACGGAGGAUCGCCUCUCAUGCUUCGCCCAGACCGUCUCGGCAGCCGAGAAGUGGAGCGUCCACCUGGCCAUGCACCCGCAGGUCCACCUCUUCAGCCUCAGCCGCAAGCGUUACGCCCACCUCAGCUGCGGCCAAGGCGAGGAGCCUGCUGAGGUGGCGGUCAGCCGCGAUGUCCCCUGGGGCACCGAGGCCCUCCUCACCUUGGUCUUCCACGAGCAUCGCUACGGCCUCCGCACCGCCGACCACCGCUUCCUCCGCCACGAUGGAAGCCUGGCCCCGCACCCUGAGCCUGCCACUGGCUUCACUCUCGAGUUCCGUGCCGGUGGCAGAGUGGCCUUCCGGGACUGCCAGGGCAAGUACCUGGCCCCUUCUGGCCCCAGUGGCACCCUCAAGGCUGGCAAGAGCCCCAGGCCUGGCAAGGAUGAGCUCUUUGCCCUCGAGCAGAGCUGCCCUCAGGUCCUUCUCCGUGCAGGCAACCUCAGGAACGUCUCCACCAGGCAAGGGAUGGACCUUUCAGCCAAUCAGGAUGAGGAGGGAGAUCAAGAAACCUUCCAACUGGAAAUCAACAAAGAGACCAAGAAAUGCACCUUCAGGACCUAUACUGGGAAAUACUGGACCCUCACCUCAAAUGGAGGGGUGCAGUCCACUGCCUCAACUAACAGGAAUGCCAACUGUUACUUUGACAUUGAGUGGUGUGACCGGCGCAUCACACUGAAGGCAGCCAAUGGCAAAUACGUUACGGCAAAGAAGAACGGACAGCUUGCAGCCACUGUGGAAACCCCUGGUGAGACAGAGCACUUCCUCAUGAAGCUGAUUAACCGGCCCAUCAUUGUCCUUCGGGGAGAGCAUGGUUUCAUUGGCUGCCGGAAGGUGACUGGCACCCUGGAUUCGAAUCGCUCCUCUUACGAUGUCUUUCAGCUGGAGUUCAACGACGGAGCCUACAAUAUCAAAGAUUCCACUGGGAAAUACUGGAUGGUGGGCAAUGAGUCUUCCGUCACCAGCAGCAGCGAUACGCCGGUGGACUUCUUCUUUGAGUUCUGCGACUACAACAAGGUGGCCAUCAGAGUCAACGGCAAAUACCUGAAGGGCGACCACGCCGGUGUCCUCAAAGCAGCGGCCGACUCAAUCGAACCCUCCACCCUCUGGGAGUAUUAAAUGCACUUUAGCUUCCUUCCCUCUGCUCUGUGCGCUCUUCCUCCCCACUCCUCUCCUUUCAGUUGCCAAUAUAUAUUUUUUUGUUUGUGGGUUAUUUUUUUAAUGUUCUGGUGUGUCUUUUCCUAAAGAAAAGGGGUUAUCUUUCAGACUGGCCUGCUGCUUAUAUCCUGCCGUAUAUUUUUUUUUGGGGGGGGAGGUGGAUUUCUUCCUUUUGUUUGAGUCUCUUUUUUAUUAUUAUUAUUAAUAAAACUGGAAAAUGUUAAUUAACCCGCAGGAAAAAAAAGGUGCACUCUCCUGCAUAGACUUUUUUGAGAUGGAGGUUGGUUUGUAGAAGUUAGGGAACAAACCGUAUCUCUGUGCUGAUCCUCUGAAUUGAAAAAAGGGAAUCAACCCCACUCUUAGAACCAGCGCUUGCGAUCUUUUGGCAGCUUCUUAGCAAGAGUGCCUAUUGAGCUAAGUUGUCUUUUGAGUCACCACAGUGCCCACUGACUUGGCUCAGUUCAAAAGGCAAAAGGAACCAUCGUUCCUCCAAUUUCACAAGCCAAGUUUGCCUUCCGCAGUAAGUUAGUGGUUGCAAAAUUCCCUAACUAAGGUAAGGAAGAGGUAGCCUAGAAUACCUUGCAACCCUAGGAAGGGUGGUGAGAAAAAUCAGAGGGUCGGUUCACAAAUUUACUUGAGCCAGCAAAUGAGUGCAGCAAAGGGGACUAGAGACUUGUGCGCAUGUACAAAAAUAGUUGCUUUUGGUGGACAAGAGCACUGCAGGAGCUCCAGGCAUUCAUCUCACAGGAGACCAAACUUGCUAAAUAGUUAAAUGUUUUGCUGCUCUAAGUGUCUCUUCUCUCAUCCCCAGCUUUGAGCUUCUAAGUGCCCAAGGACUAUCUCAGAGCCUCUCUUCAAAAAGGCUUCACAACUGCACUGGGAAGUUGUUGACACUGCCUUAUGGUCCCUCUAUGUCUCCCCUGCAAGGUUCAAGUCUUUAUAGAACUUCUUUUUUAAAAAAUAUAACACUUGGGAUCUUAAAGUGAUGUUAGAAGUAAGGUUAUCAGACUGAAAACUGAAGAUGGCUCCUGUCCCUUUGGGCACUGGAUGGGCAUUGCUUGUUUCCUGGUUGUGUGCCAAGGUGCAUCUUCUGAAUUGCCCUCCUCUAUACAGCCAUUAAAAGUACAGGAAUCCUUUGCAGUUUUCAGUCUGGCAGCCCUUAAUAAGAAGUUCAGUUCCUUGCCUGUUGAUAUUUGUAUCUGAUCGGCACCAAGCUGCACAUUCUGUCUGCACAACUUCUCUUUUUUCCUCCCAGGGUGGAAUCUCAAGUCAGUGCAUGGUUUCCAUCCUGUGUGCCUCCCAAGAGAGCCCUUUCCUCAACCAGUUCAACUGGGAAGGUGUUCCUAUUCCUUUCCCCAGUUGAACAGAGCCCCAGUAGUUGCACAGACUGGUUCAAGAUUCCCCAGCGUUCCCCGUUUUAUUGCUUAGUAAGUUACCUCUCCUUUUUCUGGCUUUCCUUGAGGGGUUAUUGUGAUUCAAGGACAGCCAUAUAUCUCAGUAGCUUUGUGUGCGUGUGCAGAAGCCAAGGUAUGUUCUGGAGGGAAGAGAGACAAGGUGGCGAUGAAACAGGAGUGGGUAAGCCAUGCUGCAUGUGUGAGUGCAUUCGUGAGGGUGACAGUCUUUUUGCUUCUGGUCACUUCUAGGCAGUGGCUGGAAAAUGAGUUGCUAAUCUCAAUUUACAAUAUAGAAAGCUUUUAAAAUGGGCAACAUUUUGCACAGUGUGUGUUCAAUGCAUCUCUUGUCACUUAACCAUGCUGGAAUUUCUUUCCUCCUUCCCCUAGUUGUUGUUCUGAAGAUAAAUGUUAUGACAUCUGCUUCUGGCUUAUAUAUGUGUCUUGCUAGCUGUCCUCCCUGUCCAUAUCUCCUAGUGACAUUUUUUACAAGGGGGGUCCCUAUCCAAGGCGCCUUUCACUCUGCAGACCACUUCACAGUUCUACAUCCCACUUGACUAGAUCUUGGAUAUGGAAAGAUAACCAAAAUGGUAUGCCCUCCCCUCCCUAUUUAUAAAAGCUCUCCAACAGAGAUGCCCUCCGAUAGGUCUGUAGUACUGUAUAAUCCAUGUGAACAUUUGUAACACACUGCUCAAUGGUUUUGGAAAAGUCUUGUGUACAUGUACACCUCAUUUUUCAUACUGGAUGCCUUCUGGGGGUGGGUUAGCUCUGUUCCCUUAAGCCAGCCUGGUUAAGGCCUCCUACUUUGAGGGUCUUCAGAUGAAAGGUGCUCUUACAUCUCUAUGACCCCAUGAGGGUCAUCUGUCCCAUGCCUUGUUAAGCACACUACCUUAAGAAGAACCCCAUGGCUUAUUCUUCUUGCCAAAAGUCAAGGGGCUAGCCCUUUACUUGCUAGUAGCAGAGGAGGGAAGUAGGAGCAAAGUGUUUUGAGCCUUUUUUUAAAAACCACUUUGCCAUCUGAAGGGGUUCUUCUCCCAUUGAUGCUUGGUGCUAGAUUUUCAAACAACUGGAAUUACUUGCCUUAGAGGUAAGGACGAUCUCAUCUGGAAUAUGGUCUAGAAGUGUGUUGUCUGGGACAAUGUGAAAUUUCUGGAGCACUGAGACUGAAGGAACAAAACGACAAAUUUGGCAACAGAGAUGACUUGACCAAAGGGACAAGAGACUGGUCCCAAUCCCUCAACACUUGCUGGCCUUCACGUUGCAUACUGUAUCCCUCCGCUGAAGUCUUUCCCAGCUAAUCAUUUGAAUCCUGAUGUAACCCCUCUGCCUUCUCUCCUGUGUAAUGAUUCUAAGUCAAGAAUUCUCCUUGCCUUCUUCCUUGGCUAUUGUGGCUCUGAAAAGCAUCUCACAUUUUGGUAUCUUUUGUUAAGAUUUUUUUUUCCUUUUUAAAAACACUUUUUGUAAGUGCCAUUUGUAACAAGCUUCAAAUGGAGAAGAGAAAGUGACAAAAUAAAAAAAUAAACCUGCA